GGUCGGCGGCGCAGCCGGAUCUCGCCAUGGAGCAGCCCAGGAAGGCGGUGGUGGUGACGGGGUUCGGCCCUUUUGGGGAACACACAGUGAAUGCUAGCUGGAUUGCAGUUCAGGAGCUGGAGAAGCUGGGCCUCGGAGACAGCGUGGACCUCCACGUGUACGAGAUUCCGGUCGAGUACCAGACAGUGCAGAGGCUCAUCCCCGCCCUGUGGGAGAAACACAGUCCGCAGCUGGUGGUGCACGUGGGGGUGUCAGGCAUGGCGACCACGGUCACCCUGGAGAAAUGUGGACACAACAAAGGCUACAAGGGACUGGACAACUGCCGCUUCUGCCCCGGCUCGCAGUGCUGUGUGGAGGACGGGCCUGAAAGCAUCGAUUCCAUCAUCGAUAUGGACGCCGUGUGCAAGAGAGUCACCACGCUGGGCCUGGACGUGACCGUGACCAUCUCGCAGGACGCCGGCAGGUAUCUCUGCGACUUCACCUACUACACGUCUCUGUACCAGACCCACGGCCGCUCAGCCUUUGUUCACGUCCCCCCUCUGGGGAAGCCCUACAACGCGGACCAGCUGGGCCGAGCCCUGAGGGUCAUCAUCGAGGAAAUGCUGUCCCUCCUAGAGCAGUCGGAAGGCAACAUCAGCUACUGCCACAAACACUGAGGGCCACGCGGGCCUCCCGAGACUUUGUCCCACCAGGGACCCCUGAAGGGCCAUCCGCUCUCUGGGGCCUGGAAAAUUCAAGCUCAGCCAUUGGGGAUCCGAUUCGGAUGAACUACUCUAACGUCUACACCUCCUGUUCCUUUCUCUCUGCAAAAAAAAAAAUGCUUGGAUGUGGAGGAGA